AGUUGGCAGAGGAUGAUGCUGAAGUGAUGGAGGACGAGGAGGGAGGUUCUAACAGCUCUCACAAUAGUCACCGCGAGCAUGGAGGUUCCCCACUAGAAGCCAACGAGGUGAAUGCUGAGAGAAAUUCGGAGGAGGUGGGGCAGACGGAAACAAAGGCAGCCAUGAAGACUUCUGAGGACAAGAAGGAGGAGAAGAAGGAGAGAAUACUAUGGGAUCCCACGGGACGAGAUGCUAAGACGAUAGAGCGAGCGAAGAAGCUGAAGGAGGAAGGAGACUCAAAGUUCAAGCGAUCUCUGUUCGAGGACGCCAUGCAACUGUAUUCUGAUGCGCUGGUGACCCUGAGUGAGGACAUUGGGUACGAGGAGGAGCGGCUGGUAUGCCUGUCCAACAGAGCUGCUUGUGGCAUGCAGGUGCGGGACUACUCGCAGGUGGUGAGGGACUGCAGCCUUGUGCUCGAGGACGAUGAGAAGAACCUCAAGGCGCUGGCUCGUCGCUGCCUCGCCUACGAAGGGCUCGAGAAGUUUGCGAGAGCUGCUGAGGACGCAAGGACAGUGUUGAGCAUCGAGUACGCGAGCGGCGCUCCUCUCUCGGCCUUGGGCAUGCGAGUGAAGGACUGCCUGCAGCGAUGUAAGCGACUGUGCCCUGAGCUCGAGGGCGUCAAGAUCCCCUUGCUGGAUCCCAAGAGCUGCACGGCAGGAGGAGGCUCAGGCUCGCAAAGAGCAGCUCAGCAGGAGGUGGCAAAGACAGCAAGAAGCAGCGAAACAAAGGAUGACAAGCAAGCGAACGAGGAGGCCAGGAGGGUGAAGCCAGAGGAGGGACGAAAGGGUGGGAAGGCAGCGGAAGAAGGGAGGAGCAACAAGAGAGUCAUCGAGGAAGACACCAGCAAAGAAAAAGAGGAGGGGAAGGGUAAGAAGAUAGAGGAGGAGGGGAAGGGUAAGAAGGUGGAGGAGGAGGGGAAGGGUAAGAAGAUAGAGGAGGAGGGGAAGGGUAAGAAGGUGGAGGAGGAGGGGAAGGGUAAGAAGGUGGAGGCGGAAGGAAGGUCUUCCAAGUGGAAGGAGGCGGAGGACAGCAAGGUCAAAGGCAACCUCGCCUUCAAGGCUGGGAAGUAUCAGCUGGCCCUGAUGCAUUACUGCGCUGCCAUUGAGCUGGUCGGCCAUCAUCCCACGUACUCCACCAACCUUGCAGCCACCUACCUGGCGCUCAAGGACUAUGAGAACGCUCGCGUGAGCUCGGAGGCGGCGAUGGCAGUGGACGCUUCCUACCCCAAGGCCUUCUACCGCCAUGCGCAGGCGCUGGAGGGACUGGGAAGGCUGCCGGAGGCCCUUGAGACGAUCGAGAAGGGGCUGCGGCUGCUGCCGGAAAGCGAACAGAUGAAGGAGAUGAAGGAGGCAUCGGAUGGAAGAGAUCGAGUCAGCGGAGGCAAAGGCUCUCAAGAAGAUUAAGGAGAUGCAGGAGAUAAAACCCUCAGAGCUCGCAAGGCAGCCAGAAAAGGAGCGGAAGGAAUCUAAGAAGGCGGAGGAGGAAGGAGGAAGGAAAGACUUGAGCUGUCCUACCAGCGGUGUGCAGCUCAAGAGAACCUUGAAGGGUCUCAAGAAGGACCUGCCCUCCGUGCUCGCCCUGCUCACCAUCAUUCCGGUGAACCAGUUUGCUCGCCUCAUGAGCUCGGGGAUUGAGGAGGAAGACCUCGUGCUCUUCGUUGACGCCAUCGCUGAACACGGACUGAAGUCACCCACCACCUCCUUCAAGAUCUUGCAAGGGAUUUCCAAGGUCUCUCGGAUCAAGAUUGCUUGUGCCAUGUUGGACAAGAAGGUUCUAAAAUCCUCUUUCUCUAUCCUUCCAUCCGUCCGUCCCUCGUCCCCCUUCAUACCUUCCUCUCCCUUCCUCUCUCCUUCCUUCGUCUGAAUAUCUCGACAGGCCUCAAGAACUCUUCAGUCCGUCUUUCUCCACCUUCAUCCUUCCAAGGCUGCCGAGGUGGAGCAGAUCGACUACGACGUGCAGGCCUGGGCGCUGGUGCGAGAAUCGUUUGGAGUGUGAAGACGAGAAGCAUUGUAGAAUAAAGAAACACCACGAGUUACG